AUGACCUCCGAGGGCGGGCCGCCGCCGGCCCCGCUGCGCCGCGCCCGCAGCCCGGGCCCCGGCGCGCUCCAGGCCGCCCUGAUGAGCCCGCCGCCCGCCGCCGCCGCCGCCGCCGCCGCCCUGGAGGCCGCCUCGUCUUCGUCGGCGUCCGCCGCCGCCUCCGGCGCGGCCGGCGCGGCCCCGAGCGCCUGCAAGAGCGCGGGCGGCGGCGGGGGCGCGGGCGGCGGCGGCGCGGGCGCCAAGAAGGCGAGCUCGGGGCUGUGGCGGCCCGAGAAGCCGCCCUACUCGUACAUCGCGCUCAUCGUCAUGGCCAUCCAGAGCUCGCCCGCCAAGCGCCUGACGCUCAGCGAGAUCUACCAGUUCCUGCAGGCGCGCUUCCCCUUCUUCCGCGGCGCCUACCAGGGCUGGAAGAACUCCGUGCGCCACAACCUCUCGCUCAACGAGUGCUUCAUCAAGCUGCCCAAGGGCCUCGGGCGGCCGGGCAAGGGCCACUACUGGACCAUCGACCCGGCCAGCGAGUUCAUGUUCGAGGAGGGCUCGUUCCGCCGCCGGCCGCGCGGCUUCAGGCGGAAGUGCCAGGCGCUCAAGCCCAUGUACCACCGCGUGGUGAGCGGCCUGGGCUUCGGGGCCUCGCUGCUGCCGCAGGGCUUCGACUUCCAGGCGCCCCCAUCGGCGCCGCUCGGCUGCCACGGGCAGGGCGGCUACGGCGGCCUCGACAUGAUGCCCGCGGGCUACGACGCGGGCGCCGGCGCCCCGGGCCACGCGCACCCGCAUCACCACCACCACCACCACCACGUCCCGCACAUGUCGCCCAACCCGGGCUCCACCUACAUGGCCAGCUGCCCGGUGCCCGCCGGGCCGGGGGGCGUCGGCGCGGCCGGGGGCGGCGGCGGCGGCGGCGGGGACUACGGCCCGGACAGCAGCAGCAGCCCCGUGCCCUCGUCCCCGGCCGUGGCGAGCGCCAUCGAGUGCCACUCGCCCUACACCAGCCCCGCGGCGCACUGGAGCUCGCCCGGCGCCUCGCCUUACCUCAAGCAGCCGCCCGCCCUGACGCCGGGCGGCACCCCCGCGGCCCCGGCCGGCCUGCACACCAGCAUGUCCACCUACUCGCUGGAGCAGAGCUACCUGCACCAGAACGCCCGCGAGGACCUCCCAGUGGGGCUGCCCCGAUACCAGCACCACUCCACGCCGGUGUGCGACAGGAAAGACUUCGUCCUCAACUUUAACAGCAUCUCCUCCUUCCACCCCUCGGCCAGCGGCCCCUACUACCAUCACCACCACCACCAGAGCGUCUGCCAGGACAUUAAGCCCUGUGUCAUGUGAGCGGAGGGAGGGGCCGGGCCAGG